AUGUCUGAGUCGUCGACGAAAGGAGCGUAUGAGGUAGCCCCAACCAAACCGGUGGAUAUGUAUCAAUCACGCCCGGAGACAACGCAAAAGGCUCCUCGAGAAUCAUUACCUCCAUUGAGUAGUUUGUUUGGGUCAGCAACACACUCAGCAAGGCCUCCUCCACCUCCUCCAUCCUCAUAUUCAGAUCAGAGUCCGACUUUCCCUGCUGUGUCUCCUCACGAUCCUCGACAGCCAGCAACACCUAUACAUCCAGAUCGCCCAUACGAGGGAUCCUACUUUCAACGACCACCUCCAACUCGACAGUAUUCGUAUAACUCGAGACCAGAGCCAGAGAGACAUGGAAUUCCUCCUCCUCCAUCUCGACCCGCGCAAUCAGCGAGCAGGUCAGAGUCACCUCGAUAUGAUUCAAGAUAUGGCCUCAUGGAAGGACCAAGAGCGCCAGCCCCAGCAUCAUUAAGUGGCUGGUCUCCCCACUCACAAUCGAGUCGGCCAGAAAUGUUCGCUCGAGAUACUUCUUCGUCGUUCAGAACGCACCACGAUCCUCGCCAGCCAGUUUCAGCUCACAGACCUGAUUCAGAAGCUCGACCACAGUAUCGCGAUGGGCCUCAUAGUGCACCAGUAACUCCUACCUACCCACCGACUCCUUCUAGCACGGCAGUGGGAGACGUCCCAACCACCAAAGAUGGACUCGGGCCGAAGAUCUGGACAGGUACUCAGUUCUUGCCACGCUUCGUCCGACAAGCUGAAGUUCCGGGUGAGGGGAUGUGUUACUUUUACGAUGACGGUACACAUUGCAAGACGGUAAUAGAUGGCGAGAUUGUCAAUGCUCACUGGGGUGUUACGAAGGCGGGAAAGCCAAGGAAGAGGUUGGCUAUCGCUUGUAUCACUUGCAGAGAAAAGAAAAUCAAGUGCGACCCGGACUAUCCUCGAUGCGUACAAUGCGAGAAGUUUGGGAGGAUCUGCAAGUUCAAGAAUGCUCCUCGAGGUGGCCAUGGCUCUCCAGACACUCCACCAGCUGAUCCCGAAGAUUCGGUAUCACGCCCGGUCUCUUCUCGAGCAGAUCUAGAGUCUUUCAAGGGCGAAAAGCGCGAGAGCAGUCAUUCUGUUUCCCCUCGUCAGGUUUUACGUCAAGCCACACCAGACUCCGAGACGCAUCACUCGAAGCGUCAAAGAAAUGGCUACAAUGACUUCACACCUGUAGCAUCAGAGGCGUCUCCACGUCUUUCUGUGCUCGAAACCGCCUCUCCUACGACUCCCUGGACUGAGCCGAUUCACAGCACUAUCCUUGACCACAGUGCUCUCAUGCGCGAGUUGCACACGAAUCCGUACAACUCUCAUCCUACCUUGGUGACCGAACUCGUCAAUGUUUUCUUCAGGCAUGUCCCAGAGACUGCCUACUGCAUGUUUCCCGAAGGUCCUUUCAAGGCCUGGGCUCUCUCUUCUUCCGACAAAUCGGUCGAUGAUUUAAUGCUAAUCUACACCAUCCUUGCUCUCGGAACCGUCUUCUCUCAGAAAGUUGAGCACAAGCCUUACGGUGCUCAGUACGCUGCGAUUUCACGUUAUGCCUGCGACAAUCGCCACUUCUGCAUUCAACUUGUUCAAUCACGACUUCUUAGCUCUUUGUAUUAUUUCGCUAUUAAUGCUCCGGAAGAAUCAUGGGACUUUUGCGGUGCUGCGUUGAGAGCAGCCAGUGGCCUCAAGCUGAACCUCGAGAUCGAAAAGAGCGAGGAUGCCUAUCGCACUGUCUUCCCUUACGGCCUCACUCGUGCUGGAUAUGCAGAAUGCAGGAGACGAACAUUCUGGAGCUGUUAUCUGAUGGAUCGCUACAAUGGAUUCUGCUCUGGUCACAUCAGCUUCCUACAGUCUGACGAUGUUUUCCUUCGACUUCCUUGCGACGGUGCCAGUUUCGAGAAUCAACUCGAUGUUCAGAGUCCAUUCUUCGACGCUGCUACUCCUCCCAUCCCGAACAACAACUGGACGAUCGGAUCGAUGGCCUAUCUCAUCAACAUUGCCACGAUCUGGGGUGAUGUGAUGGCCAACAUCUACAGAACUUCUCAACGACCAAACUCCUCGGCCUCGAGGACAGCUUUCAGCGUUUCCUACGAGAAUGCCACACGUCGCUUGAGACUUUGGGUCGAUUCUUUGCCAAGUUGCUACACGUUCACAGCGGAGAACCUUACAAGAGCAGCGAAGAACGGCAAGCUUGGGACAUUCAUGACGAUGCACACUACCUAUCACACCACGGCGAUGAAGUUGAACCGAUACAUCCAGCAAUACACCUUGACUAAGUCACAAUUGUCUCACCAUAUCUCCAUCGCGAAGCAACACGCCGAAGACCUCCUCGCCAUCGCCGAGAUCUUGUCCGCUCGUCACAGAUCAGUACCAGCAAGCCCCAAUGGAACGUCCAGCAUGCACAGCAAGUUCUCUUCACCGUUCGUCGGAUAUGGAAUCAUCUCAGCCAUCGACAUUCUCACAGCCAAGAUUGCGAUUUCAAGCAUCCCCAGCCGUUUGGCAUCCUUCAGCGGAGCACAAUCCAUCCUUGCAGAAUUAGCACCAUUUUGGCAAAGCGCGAAGAAUCAACAGGGACUUGUGAUGCAACGCAUCAGAGAUCUGGCAGAAGUUGCAUCAAGCAGAGAUGAAGCCGGAGGAGUAGGAAGUAUCGGCUUCAAGUUUGGAAACAUGGGCCCGAUCGCAAGGGAUACCGGGGAUGGAAUAUUCGAGAUGAGGGACCCGAUUGAAAAGACGUUCUCACGGGAUUAUGAUUGCGUUUAUGCGUGA